GCGGCAUUAGGUGAAGGACCUCGUGACGUCACUUCUGUCGCCGGUGCUGCAGUGAUUGAUAUAGAUCAUCAUCAUCAUCGUCGUCUGAUGAAGACUCAGGAGGUGCCGGAGGAUGCUGUGGGCAGACGAGUGAGCUGUGAUGGAGAGAGAGGAACGGUUCGUUAUGUGGGUCCGGUUCCUCCCACCGCAGCUUUGUGGUUGGGAGUGGAGUGGGACAAUCCAGAGAGAGGAAAACACGACGGGAGUCAUGAAGGAGUGCGAUACUUCACCUGCAGACACCCGACGGGCGGCUCGUUCGUGCGGCCCAAAAAGGCCAGUUUUGGUGUGGAUUACGUGACGGCUCUGAACCAGCGCUAUCAGGUGGAACUCCAGGAGGUUAUAGGAGAAGAGAUGAAGAUCUCCAGCAAAACCGUGAUGAUGGUCGGUUUUGAGGACGUCAAGCAGAAACAGAGGCUGGAGACCUUGACAGAAGUGGGUCUGAGGAGAUGUGAGGUGUCUGGUCCGGGCCCGGAGAACGAGAUCAGAAACACCACACCGAUCGCUCAGUCUUUGGAUCUUUCUGGAAACCUGUUGAGCUCAUGGGAGGUGCUCGCGGCCGUUACCGAGCAGCUGGAGUCUCUGCAGGUGCUGCAGCUCAGUCACAACAGGUUGAGUAUCUCCAGUGAGCCGAGCCGUUUAGGCCCCGCCUUCUCCUGUCUGAGGGUGCUGUCACUCAACAGCUGCGCGCUCACCUGGACUCAGGUUCUCCAUUGCGCCCCCAUGUGGCAGCAGUUAGAGGAGCUUUAUCUGGCUGACAACGACAUCACAGAAUUACAGCGACCAGAACACGUGCUACAGGCUUUAAAAGUUCUGGAUCUAUCCAAUAACCAGAUAGUCCAGGACACAGUGCUGGAAAUAGCACAUUUACCCUGGUUGGAGAAGUUGAAUCUGUCCAGUACUGGUUUAUCUGCCAUUCAGUUCAAUGAUGCUUCACCAGGCGAAAAAACAGCAUUGUUUCCUGCACUGAAGACACUUUUACUAGACGACAACAACAUUUCAGAGUGGCGUGUGGUGAACGAGCUGGAGAAGCUGCCGUCUCUGCUUCAUCUGUCCUGCAGGAGGAACCCGCUCCAGCAGAAAGAGAAGAACCUGGAAACCGCCAGACAGAUCAUCAUCGCACGACUGAGCCGACUGGAGCUGCUCGACAUGAGACAGGUGUUGCCGGAUGAGAGGAGAGGAGCGGAGCUGGAUUACUGUAAAAUGUUCGGAUUGGCGUGGAUGAAGGCUGGAGGUCACAGUGACCCGGAAAAGAAUCACCCGAACACAGAGUUCACGAGCGAACACCCACGAUUCCUCGCGCUCCUCCAGAAGUACGGCGCUCCAGACGAGGGCGAGCUGAAAGAACAGAAACCAUUUGCUCUAAAAAAUCAAUUAUUAACCGUAACGUUCAUUUGUCCGGAGGAUUCUGAGAGGAAGCCCAUAGAGAAGAAGCUGCCAGGCUCGAUGAUCGUUCAGAAGGUGAAGGGGCUUUUACACCGGCUGCUCAAAUUACCCGGAACGGAGUUAAAGCUCACCUACACCUGCUCGAAGAUGGCUGGUAGAGAGAUUGAGAUUGACAACGAUCUGAAGCCGCUGGAGUUUUACUCGGUGGAGGACGGCGACAGAAUUCUGGUGCGCUGGUCCUGAUGAAACCACAGGGAAGUGUGGGACAUUUGAGCCUUAUGGACUGACCAUCACUCUGAUCAGACGGAGUCCAUCAGCUUCUGCACUGAAACGUUCCAGAUCAUAAAUCAUCUCACAUUAACACGAUUAUCACGCAACAUUAUUCCUCCAGAAAACUAAGCAUUGCCAAACUCAGUACAGAGCACAAACCCCUAUUUCAUUUGGAUCCUUCAAUGUCUGUGUCAAUGAUUACAGUCUCUGACCACCAGAUGGCGCUACGUUACAUUGCACCAAAUGUGCCUGGAACAAAAUUCCAGAAGGACAUUUUAUAAGAUUACAAGAAAUGUACAGGUCACAUUUCACCCCAAUGCCAAUGUUUGCUUUUCACAUUAAAAUAAAAUAAAAUUAACUACAGCGUACGGCAGAACUGCUCUUUCAUGGGUUUAAAUUAAAAAAUAUAUUGUGUAGAAACCGUUUGUUGUUCCCCAUGUUACAGAAGGUAAUUGAAAAUUGUUUAAAUGUACUGAACUGUCAUUAAAAAAAACGUCAUGACGGCAAAAAUAUUAAUAGUAAUAGCCUUACAUUUUGUUUAUGCAUUUUAUUAUUAUUAUUCUUUUGAUUUGGGGUAAAAUAACCAGGAUUUUCUUGCUGUUAAUUCAUUAAAUUUGACUAAAUAUUAAAUAAAUACAG